GCAUCCCUUCCGGUAGAUGAGGUCAACUUUUCCCCAGAUCCGCCAUUUCAGUCCCGGAGUUUCUUGUUGCACAUUAGUUUUGAUUAUUUAAAUAUUUUUGUCAUUUUAACGCUUACGCUGUUAGCUGUUGGGUUUCGUGAGACAACAGAAGUCCCGUCAGUGUAAACGUCGUGACAUUAUUUGUGUAAGUUGCUUGAAACUGCGGUAUUAUACCGUAUUUCCAGGGGCAGCGUUAGUCAACCAAAGUUUUUGUAUGAGUUGCGGAUAGGGAGAGGCGGCGGGGAAAGGCCUCAAGCCUCGGACACGAUUUCACAACCAUGGCUGGUAAUUUUGAUGCCGAAGACCGUGCUAGCUGGUACUGGGGACGGCUUGGCCGCCAGGACGCAGUUUCUCUUCUACAGGGACAGAGACAUGGCGUUUUUCUGGUGAGGGACUCAAUCACCAGCCCUGGAGACUACGUGCUGUCCGUUUCAGAGAACUCCAAAGUGUCCCAUUAUAUAAUCAACAGCAUCAGUAACAACCGGCAAUCUGGCUCAGGUGUGGCUCCUCCUCGGUUUCGGAUUGGGGAUCAGGAGUUUGAAGCGCUGCCGGCCCUGCUAGAGUUUUAUAAGAUCCACUACCUGGACACCACCACACUCAUAGAACCCAUAAGCAAGGCCAAGCACACAGGAUUCAGCUCCUCUGUUGGCGUCCCGCAGCAGCCCGAUGAGGCAGAGUUCGUACGGGCGCUGUUUGACUUCCCUGGCAACGAUGAGGAGGACCUCCCCUUCCGCAAGGGCGACAUCCUACGCGUGCUGGAGAAGCCAGAGGAACAGUGGUGGAAUGCUGCUAACCAGGAGGGCCGAGCCGGGAUGAUCCCCGUGCCCUACGUGGAGAAGUACCGGCCUGCCUCGCCCACUGGUGCCAGCCUGGGUCCCCCUGCUGCGGGGACUGGACAGGGGGGGCUUGUUGGAGGGGUAGCAGGCAGCACAGAUGGAACAGGGGCCCCUCAGGCCAACCCUCUGGGGGACCCGGGCCAGUACGCUCAGCCUGUGGUCAACGCUCAGCUCCCUAACCUACAGAAUGGGCCCGUCUAUGCCCGAGCCAUUCAGAAGAGGGUGCCCAACGCCUACGACAAGACUGCACUCGCUCUGGAGGUCGGAGACAUGGUAAAAGUGACCAAGAUCAAUGUGAACGGCCAGUGGGAGGGUGAGUGCAAAGGCAAGCGAGGCCACUUUCCCUUCACCCACGUUCGACUGUUGGAACAACACCACCCUGAAGACGAGAGCUGAGAAACAAACACACUCCCAUCAUCACUUCGACAGUGUCCAGCACAUCCCUUCUCCUUCGGCCAUUUUGUCAUGCUCAGAAAGAAAAAGAUUGAUACAAGCACACAGUAUAUGAACCUAUGCGCUAAAACGGUUGGGGACUCUUGACCCUGUCAGUGCAAGACCUGUUGGGUGAUUUUACCUAAUGUCAUUUUGAAAAGUUUACACUAAGGUCAGACUGAUAUCGGUUCACCUAUUUGAGCCUUCUUUAAAGUAAGCAUUACACACAGUUGGCUUCCUCCUCGACUACAGCACAAUGAAGCUAUUCCAAAACAAAAUGAUAUGUUUUGUAUUCAGAUAGAUUGCAUCAUUUAUUGAUUGAAUAUUUAUUAGGGAUACAUUUAAUAGAAACACAUAAUAAAUCCAUUACAUCUCUGUGCAGCCAAUACAGAGAUUGAUAACUGAAAUUCAAAAGCUAACCCACCAUUAAAUCCAUCUGCUGACUGGGUUCUAUUAAGAUGGUCUCCUACAGUAUGUGAUGUGCAUUAAUCACAUAGUAACCAUGGUAACGUGCACACAUCAGCACAGGGAUCUUCUUCAAAAGGAGUUAAAUCAGAGGUGUGCUGUGCUCCUGUCUUCAAUAUAUUUUAGCAAUUCUUCAUUAUUAAAUGUAGAGACCACAAAAGAAAUACCCCCCUGCAAAACACGUCUCUUUCAUUCUGUUUCUACCUGUCUGGAAUUAUUUCUAAUGUGUGGUCCAGUUGUAGUCUUGACUAAAUAAUUCUUACAACCAUUUAUGUCUUCAUGAGCUCUUAGGAUCAAGCGCAGAGAUAUUUGAUUUCCCUUUAUGGGAAAUCAAACAUCUAGAUGAUGAUGGGGGACCAAAAUCAAUAAAUCUGUCCAAUCAUUGAGCUAACUCUCAGUCCAUAUCCCUUAAUGUUGCUUAUUUGCCUGUUUUAAUAUGUCAUUUUGAACAGGAAAUGGACCAGCACUAAGAAGCAGCAAUCCUUAGUUAUUUCAGUUUAGACUAAAGAAAAACAAUUAAUCUACAUGUGUGAAAGCAAACUUGGGUUAGUUUUAGGGUGGUUUCCAGGAUCAACAACUAGUCGAGGCAGUGAAGCGUAUGUCCCUGAAGAAUUCAAUUAGUUUUGAUUUGAAUAAAUGGGAAAAGGAAGGAUAAUUGACGAUUUGAAACUGUUUCGAUCCUGAAUUGAGAGUAUGAGGCGCCAGUAACCGAUAUCAGUCGAGCCCUAGUUUACACACCUCCAGCCCAGUAUUGAAGUCUGCACCACACAUCCACAGCACCUACUCCUUCCUUUCCUGCGGUGUCUGUGUAUCCCCACCCACUACAUUUCAUUCAUACGCAGAAGGGAGAAAGAAUCGAUUGCACACAGGAGACAAAACACUCUCACAGAAUCAUGAAUCAGUGAGUUUUUGUAGUGCUAGACUGUGAACCUCGGAGUGAGACGAGCAAAGACUUUUCCUGUCUGGUGGAGAAGGACGACGCUCCUCCUCGCCAAGACGACUUCACCAACUUAUUACAUCCCACACUACAAACCAAGUCCUCUUUUUUUGUACUAAAAGUGGAAAAUAUUAUGAUUGAAUUGACAUAUAUAUACACACACACACACACCUUACAUGCUAAAUACUGUAAACAUUCUUCCUUUGUUAUUAUUUGAUUAUCGUUGAUUUUUUGUUACCGGAGACUGUGCAUCUAUUAUUUUAUGUUCCUCUUUUGAAACACUAUUCAGCACCAACGUGGAUGACUUCAAAUGCAGCCGUGUGACAGAACAAAAUAAGAAUCCUUCCAAGGAGGAGAAACGAUCCCCAGAGGCAGUUUUAGAAGAUGAGAAGAGAAAGGUUGAUGGAUUAUAUUUUUGUCUUCCAGCAGGCUUUUUAUUGCGUUGUCAUUCUAUGAAGCUUUUCAGAUCAGAUCCGCCCUGAAACACUAAUACCAUUGCAUUUUAUGUACAACUCAUAAAACAGACAUUAUGUCACUUCGUAAGGUAAAUUGUUUCUCAUUUGCUGUUUCUUCAUUAAAUACACGUGCUAUAAUUACACGUAAAGCUUUUGCAGACUCACACAUGCCCACUGUGCAUCAUGUCAUCAUGAAAAGAAAACAUAAAAUGGUUAAUUGCUAUUGUAGGAAUUUUGCUCUCCUUAUCUAAAUGGCAUUUUCUAACAGCCUUUUUCGGAAUGCCUUUCUCACCACUUUAGGCUUUCCUACCUAACAUUAUCCCCAUUGUUACUAAGUGUAACAUAAUUAGGUGACUUGCGAAUGGAGGUAACAUGCCAGUUUUCUGUGGUCAUAGUCUUAUACUUGUACAUCAAGCUAAGAUUAGAUUAUACGUUUUGUGUAUUAACUUUCCAGUGAUACAUUAAUGCAAUUGAUUCCUCUUGUAUAGUGCAAAUGUUAAACUACAGCAGGAACAUUGUGAGUGGCCAACCUCAGUGACACAAAGGAGUCUGUCAGCUGGGAGGAUAAAUCCUCUACCUCAUGUCUGGUAUCGCAAAAGAUGGGACGUGUUAUUAGAAAUCAGUGGCCCAAAAUCUGGAUCAGUCGGUCAGUAUUGUUUUUGAUAUUUUAAAAUGAACAACAUGCAGCCAAAUGGUUUACAAACUCUUUGGUAGUGGUUGGAAAUCUGACUAUUUUAGAUAAUGAACUAUCUUGACGGUACCCAUAGUCUACUUUUGAGGUGAAUUAUAGGGAUAGUAGGAUAUCCUGUUCAUUCUGUUUCCCAACUUCACAUAACCUCAUCACAUCCAUCAUGUUAAAACAGGCCAAUAGAGGGAUAUAACCAGCCAGAUAGAUAAACUGAUUUAAAAUAUUGAUUCAUGUGGCUCUUUCUUGUGUGACAUAUUGUAGACAAAGCAGUGCAAAUGAUAGCCUGCAACAUGGAUGAGGAGCUGGUGCCAAAAAAAUCUUAAAUGCAGCCCGAUUGCCAGAAUAAAUGUUAGCCAAGUACAAUUCUGCAAAACUACUAAUAACUUUAAAGUGUGUGUUUCUUUACAUUGCUUCUUUACAUUUGUUUAGGUUCAGUUUUCUAGUUCUCUCUCGUCUCUGCGCUGUGCUUAUGGUCUGCUUAGGUUUAGGCACUAAAAUCACUUGGAUAGGGUUAAGAAAACAUCAUGGUUUGGCCUAAGGUAGCCAGCAGGUGGAAAUGGUCCACAGGUCAACUUUAGAAAAACAUGCGUUUUUGUCGCCAUAAAAAUGCCUGGAAAUCUCCCCACAGAGUUGAGCUGCUGUAGCACGCUUGGCAGACUUAUGGCUUAUAACAAGCUCAACUAUGCCCUUGGGUCUGAUUUGUAAAAAAAAAAAAAAUGCCUUUGGACAAAUAUUCCUUCAGUGUUUAUUAUAUUUACUGUAAAGACUGUAUGGUGAGAAGUCUCACACAUACAUCAAAAUAGCAUUAGCAUGGUUUCCUAUGAAGGCCUUUUUUAAAAAAAAAAAAAACUCUGAUCACAGAUGCAUUCAGUGGCACAUUUAUUAAUUUGAAUUCCUUCAGUGUCCUCCGUGUGCUUAAAGUUAUCCAAGCUGAAUGUUGUCAGAGAACAAUUGCAACUGAUAUGUGGUGAAAUUGUGGUAUUUUGCUGUUCUUGUCAAUACAGUGUGUUAAGACAACUGGAGCCAAUAGAGGUGUUGAUAUGCGAACAGUCACGGAUGAAUUUGGUUCCACUUAAAGGUAAAUGAAAAAGUGGAAAUCUGUGUACAAUUUGGUUUAUAAACCACAUGGAAGAGAGUGCAGAUGCAUAUUGCUCCAUUAAUAUGAAUGCACAAAGUUUGUCUCUAACCUACAUUAAGUUUUUUUUUUAUUCAUCUGGCCUCUGACUGCUAUCAUGAAAUGUAGUCUUGAGAUCACAAUGUUUUUAUAAAAUUGUAAAAAAAAAAAAAAAAAAGUCCAUUUUUCAUUGAUACUCAAAUUAUGGAAAUUAUUUUUUAUAUACCACAUUUAUGUCCUAUUUUUUAUUACUUUAAUAUGUUCAUCCAUGGGUCAUAUACAGCACUGUAUAUGCUAAUAAACACAUGUAAUAGUUCUAAGCCCCCAUAUUUUGUCUUUCAUUUAGUGGUAAAUGUUCUCAUAAAAGUCAGCCAAAUGUAACUACAAUGUUCCUAUGAGGGUAUAGGUGACCAAUGAACAAUAAAUGACUGGUCUGUCCAUUCUGUAGUGGUACCACUUAAUUUAUAAAGUUUUUUAAUCCUAUUUUUUAUAUUUGUUGUAAUGCCUUUAUGCAAAGUAUUCAUUGGGUAUUGCUCCCAUAACUCCCACUCAUUGUCGCCUUCGAGGGAUAAUUUAACAAUUUCAUGACAUUAUUUUAAUUCAGCUGUCCCACUGCAGGUAGUUAAAGACCAAUGAAUACUUUAAAAAUGUUUUCAAUGUUUUCAGAUACCACUGUUGAUCCUACAAUAUGCACCUUAUCUCCUCUACAGCUCAAGAGAAAAACAUAUUGAGUCUCUUCAUGCCAAAUCAUUUUUGACUUCCUUUUAUUUUACAGUGAUCAUAUAUUUUUGUUUUGACUUUGAAAGAAACCAGAACAAGUGAAAAAGUUUUCUUUUUUAAAGAGUACAUUAUGUCAGAGUCUUAUAAAAAUAUAUUAUUUGAAGUUAAAAAUUCAUCCUUAUUUUUUUUUUCCAUAGCAUGUAAUGUGUACAUAUACUUAGUCAAUAAAAUAUGUACCAGAUUGUC